GCGAGACGGGUGCGCUAGGGCAGGAGGAGAAGAAGACGCAGUAAAGGUGUCUGGGUCUGGGCUAAGAGGGACUGGGAGACAGGUCUCGAGUUGGCUCUUCCCGCUCUCCCGGCCCCGGGGCGCGGGGCAGGGGGAGAAAUGCUGAGCCCGCGCCCGGGCGACCGCCGCCGCGGCAGCAGCCUCAGCAGCAGCUUCAGCAUCAGCACCGGCGGGACAGCGACAGCGGGGGCGGCGCAGGCGCACUGUGCCCCGCGGAGCCUGCAGUUCCCGAGCCGCGUGUGCGGCACCGCCACAGUCUGGGCAGCGGCGGCCGUGGGAGCGCUACUACCAUGAACUGCCUGGUCCUCCUCCCCAGAGCUGCUCAUCCGGGUCCGGCUGGAGAAACAGUCAGGGGACCCCGUCGCCGCCGCCGCGCCCCCUCUUCAUUCGGCUCGAUCUUUUCCUCCACCUUCUCCUCUUCCUCUGCCUUCUCUUCCUGCUUGCCCCCCUCCCCCGCCGCGGAUCCUGGCCGCCGCUCUCCAGACCCAGGAUGCCGGGGGGCAAGAGAGGGCUGGUGGCACCGCAGAACACAUUUUUGGAGAACAUCGUCAGGCGCUCCAGCGAAUCGAGUUUCUUACUGGGAAAUGCCCAGAUUGUGGAUUGGCCUGUAGUUUAUAGUAAUGACGGUUUUUGCAAACUCUCUGGGUAUCAUCGAGCUGACGUCAUGCAGAAAAGCAGCACUUGCAGUUUCAUGUACGGGGAAUUGACUGACAAGAAGACCAUUGAGAAAGUCAGGCAAACGUUUGACAACUACGAGUCAAACUGCUUUGAAGUUCUUCUGUACAAGAAAAACAGAACCCCUGUUUGGUUUUAUAUGCAAAUUGCACCAAUAAGAAAUGAACAUGAAAAGGUGGUCUUGUUCCUAUGCACUUUCAAGGAUAUUACGUUGUUCAAACAGCCAAUAGAGGAUGAUUCAACAAAAGGUUGGACAAAAUUUGCCCGAUUGACACGGGCUUUGACAAAUAGCCGAAGUGUUUUGCAGCAGCUCACUCCAAUGAAUAAAACAGAGGUGGUCCACAAACAUUCGAGAUUAGCUGAAGUUCUUCAGCUGGGAUCAGACAUCCUUCCUCAGUAUAAGCAAGAAGCGCCAAAGACGCCACCACACAUCAUUUUACACUAUUGUGCUUUUAAAACUACCUGGGAUUGGGUGAUUUUAAUUCUUACCUUCUACACCGCCAUUAUGGUUCCUUAUAAUGUUUCCUUCAAAACGAAGCAGAACAACAUAGCCUGGCUGGUGCUGGACAGCGUGGUGGAUGUUAUUUUUCUGGUUGACAUUGUUUUAAAUUUUCACACGACCUUUGUGGGACCUGGUGGAGAAGUCAUUUCUGACCCCAAGCUGAUAAGGAUGAACUAUCUGAAAACUUGGUUUGUGAUUGAUCUGUUGUCUUGUUUACCUUACGACAUCAUCAAUGCCUUUGAAAAUGUGGAUGAGGGAAUCAGCAGUCUCUUCAGUUCUUUAAAAGUGGUGCGUCUCUUGCGACUGGGCCGUGUUGCUAGGAAAUUGGACCAUUACCUAGAGUAUGGAGCAGCAGUCCUCGUGCUUCUGGUGUGUGUGUUUGGACUAGUUGCCCAUUGGCUGGCCUGCAUAUGGUACAGUAUUGGGGACUACGAGGUCAUCGAUGAAGUCACGAACACCAUCCAAAUAGACAGUUGGCUCUACCAGCUGGCCUUGAGCAUUGGGACACCGUAUCGAUACAAUACCAGUGCAGGGAUAUGGGAAGGAGGACCUAGCAAGGAUUCACUGUAUGUGUCCUCUCUCUACUUUACCAUGACAAGCCUUACAACCAUAGGAUUUGGAAAUAUAGCUCCUACCACAGAUGUGGAGAAGAUGUUUUCGGUGGCCAUGAUGAUGGUUGGCUCUCUUCUUUAUGCGACUAUUUUUGGAAAUGUUACCACAAUUUUCCAGCAAAUGUAUGCCAACACCAACAGAUACCAUGAGAUGCUGAAUAAUGUGCGGGACUUUCUGAAACUCUAUCAGGUCCCCAAAGGCCUUAGUGAACGAGUCAUGGAUUAUAUUGUCUCAACAUGGUCCAUGUCAAAAGGCAUUGACACAGAGAAGGUCCUCUCCAUCUGUCCCAAGGACAUGAGAGCUGAUAUCUGUGUUCAUCUAAACCGGAAGGUUUUUAAUGAACAUCCUGCUUUUCGAUUGGCCAGCGAUGGGUGUCUGCGCGCCUUGGCGGUAGAGUUCCAAACUAUUCACUGUGCUCCCGGGGACCUCAUUUACCAUGCUGGAGAAAGUGUGGAUGCCCUUUGCUUUGUGGUAUCAGGAUCCUUGGAAGUCAUCCAGGAUGAUGAGGUGGUGGCUAUUUUAGGGAAAGGUGAUGUAUUUGGAGAUAUCUUCUGGAAGGAAACCACCCUUGCUCACGCGUGUGCCAACGUCCGAGCCCUGACAUACUGUGACCUCCACAUCAUCAAGCGAGAAGCCUUGCUCAAAGUCCUGGACUUUUACACGGCUUUUGCAAACUCUUUCUCAAGGAAUCUCACUCUUACCUGCAAUCUAAGGAAACGGAUCAUUUUCCGUAAAAUCAGUGACGUGAAGAAGGAGGAGGAGGAACGUCUCAGGCAGAAGAAUGAGGUCACCCUCAGCAUCCCCGUGGACCAUCCGGUCAGAAAGCUCUUCCAGAAGUUCAAACAGCAGAAGGAACUACGGAAUCAGGGGUCAACACAGAGUGACCCCGAGCGGAACCAGCUCCAGGUGGAAAGCCGCUCCUUACAGAAUGGAGCCUCCAUCACGGGCACCAGUGUGGUCACCGUGUCACAGAUCACACCUAUUCAGACAUCUCUGGCCUACGUGAAAACCAGUGAGUCCCUCAAGCAAAACAACCGUGAUGCCAUGGAACUCAAGCCCAAUGGCGGUGCUGAUCCCAAAUGUCUCAAAGUGAACAGCCCCAUCAGAAUGAAGAAUGGAAAUGGGAAGGGGUGGCUGCGACUCAAGAAUACUAUGGGAGCCCCUGAGGAGAAGAAGGAAGACUGGAAUAAUGUCACUAAAGCCGAGUCGAUGGGGCUACUGUCAGAGGACCCCAAGGGCAGCGAUUCUGAGAACAGUGUGACCAAAAACCCAUUAAGGAAAACAGAUUCUUGUGACAGUGGGAUUACAAAAAGUGACCUUCGUUUGGAUAAGGCUGGGGAGGCGCGAAGUCCGUUGGAGCACAGCCCCAUUCAGGCUGAUGCCAAGCACCCCUUUUAUCCCAUCCCCGAGCAGGCCUUACAGACCACACUGCAGGAGGUCAAACAUGAACUCAAAGAGGACAUCCAGCUGCUGAGCUGCAGAAUGACUGCCCUGGAGAAGCAGGUGGCAGAAAUUUUAAAAAUACUCUCAGAAAAAAGCACGCCCCAGACCUCUUCUCCCAAAUCCCAAAUGCCGCUCCCAGUACCUCCCCAAAUACCAUGUCAGGAUAUUUUUAGUGUUUCGAGGCCUGAGUCACCUGAAUCUGACAAAGAGGAAAUCCACUUUUAAUAUAUAUACAUAUAUAUUUGUUAAUAUAUUAAAAACAGUAUAUACAUCUAUAUACAUAUGUGUGUAUAUACAGUAUAUACAUAUAUAUAUUUUCACUUGCUUUCAAUAUGAUGAACACAUUACGGAUUUUGAUAUGUAAAUAUUGCAUGUCCAGCUGGAUUCUGGCCUGCCAAAGAAGAUGAUUAUUAAAAACAUAGAUAUUGCUUGUAUAUUAUGCAGUUGACUGCAUGCACUCUUUACAUUUAUUUAUAAUCUCUAUUCUAUAAUUUUAAAAAAAAGUAUGAUUUUUGUUAACCAAGGCAAUGUAAUAUUUGAAGAAUCAGGGUCCAACCUGCCAAUGUUGCCAUGACAAAUUUGAUCUCAGGCUGAGUAUAUCGAGCUCUCAUUCCUCACCGUUCUUUAAGUUAGAAUUAUAGAUCAAUGCCAAGGAGGAGUUCAACCUUUUAAACUGUUAGUACCAUUUUAUGAUCUCUUUCCAUAGGGUAUUUUUUUGUAACUUAGGUUAUUUUCCUCAACAGGUGGCGUUUGCUCCAUUUAAAUGACUGUUUUGUUGCCUAAGUCAGAUAGCAGUGUGGGAUAUUGAAAAUUUAUUGCUAUGGGUUUUGUGCAUGAAUUGCAUUUUCGCUCAACUAUACCUCCUCUUUUUUAACAUUAUACUUAGAUAGUAAUCAUUAACUCUUACAUAAGGAUAUCCCUACUCCCUCCAUCUUGGAGAACAGCUACCAUCUUGUAAGCUGAUUAUAUCCAUCCCACAAAUACUAAACUAUUAAUAUAGUGUGUAUUAUUAUAGAAAUCCUGCACCACAGGGUAAAAGGGCCUUUUAACAAUUCUUGUUAGAGAUGCUGAUUUUCCAAAGGUGUUGAAUGUUCUAAAUUUGUGUUUUUGAAACUUGUUCAAGGGUGACGUUGAAAGGCUUUUAGCAAAGAAACACAAACAAGAAAAAAUUAAGUAAUCAUUUCAAACUUUUAAGUAUAAUGGUCUAAAAUUAAAAAAGAAUGUAAACAGAAAGACAAGUUUUUGUAGCAUAUCGUAACUUAGAAAGAAUGAAACAUGGGUGUGAAAUUGUUCACACAUGCUUCUUACUGUUUGUAGAGAUAACACCUGAAAUAUGGUUAUAAAAAAACAACUAAGAAGUUAAGUUGUUCAACUCAGAUAACUGCUUUUCUAUAAUUUUAUUCUGGUUACAAUUUUCUAAAGCUUUUUUGCACACAGGUCUACUGCUGGACUUCUGCAGAGUUGUUUCUAUAGCCUACUGUGGCUCAGGCAGAUCCACUUAGGAAAGGGGGUACUAAAGACUGAAUUUCAGAGUCUUUUGGGUCACAAAUCCAUUCUUAGAAAGUGCCUAUUAUCGACUAAAAAAAAAGUCACAAAGAGUUGUGUAUAGCUAGUCCCUUAAGUGAUAUGUAUUGAGAAUAAAAUACACAUUCCUUUGUAAAAACCAAGAAGAAUUUAUUUCUUUUGACUCAAGUAUAUUUUAUGAAGUCGAUCAGAGAGGCAUACUUUUAAACUGGUGCAUGCAUGACAUUUAAUAGUGGGAGCAGGGCAGUUAACGUUUGCAUCAAGUUGAAAAUAUAUACCAGUAAUUUGUACAUUAGUCAACCAUCUGUACAUGUAUGUUAACAACAUAUGCAAGAUGAUAGCAAAAUCAAAGUAGGUGUUUUGAUCUAUUGUACCCAUUUUUAUGAGCUUUUCUAUCUCCCAGCAUACCCAAACAAAAUCACCAGAACUGAAAGACAAGUUAUCACAAUCAAAUUGGAGAAGUGCAAAGUAAUUUAUAAAAACAGUUGAUAUUUUACGAUUUCUCUGAGAACUUCCUCACGUGCCCACAAGAUGUGCCUCUUUAAUCCGGGAGUCUCAGAACAGAUGUUAUGAGCCAUGGGUUCCAUUUUCCUUUCUUUGUGCCCAUAACUUCCAUUACCCAUAAUGGAAGUUUUCAGGGAGCAUGUCUCCAUGCCGUGCCAUGAUAUCUACCAACCCCAGGCACAAGACAACGAGGUAACCAUGGUGUAAGGAAACAGCCUUGAAAUUGGGACUUGGUUGCUUUCAAGGUGAGGGUGGUACCUUUUCUUGACCUCUGACGUUUAUUGAAUUUCAGGGUAUUUUUCUAUUUAACCAUGUAUGAGACAAGCUUAGCUAAGCUUUUAAAGGGGAAUGAACGGUAAAAAUAAUCUGAGUACAGAAAUGGUCAGUUUAACUUUAGCCAUGUGCUUCAAAAAUGACAGUUGGUGUAAAGCUGUAAGAGAAUGACUGUGAAACAGCAGGGCAGUUUGAAGCUGCAGUCCAUGCCUUUGCUUCGGAGUGGUGCAAAUGUUAUGACAUUGAUGCACUUUCACCUAAUCGACCUACAAUAUUGUUCACAUGUAUGGGAAAGGAACAUACGGUUUUGAACUACUCCAAGUUGUCACAAAGCGGGAAAAGUAUCAAUUGCUUAUUUCUGGUGCAGUUAUCACGGUAUUCUUUUCCAGCUGCCUCUGUUCCUGUGUGCAUGACAUGUUGAGGUGCUGAAUGCACUCUGCUGUUUUCAGCAGGAAUGCAUGUGUUCAGCAAACAUUGUAUAUAGAGUAAUCCUUUAGGUUCCCAGAUUCUGUAAUUCUUACCAGAUGAACUUAGAUUUGGAUGAAGGGUGAGCACUUGCUUUAAUAUGUGCAAUAACAAUACAAUCGUGUUCUGUGCUGCCUCAACCAGCACAUAGACAGUAGAUUCUCUUUAGGGGACCAGAUGACUGCAUGUUUUAUUCUUACACUGUAUAGAUGCUCUUGGUGCAUCCAGAAUAAAAUUUUUAUCAUAUUUCUGAAUAAUGUAAUAAUAGGAGUAAAUAGAUAUGUAUUUAAAAUCCAAACAUUUUCCAAAGCAACUUAUAUACCUUCAAUAUUUUUCAAUGAUAAUAUAUAAGAUCAGAUGCUGUACCCUGGACAGGUGGUUGUAAUGUAACAGCAAAAGCCAAACAAAAGUGCAAAUAUGAGCUGUGCAUCAUAACAGCAAGUUCUAUCAGUCUGUUUUAGGAUAUUGUUGCAUUAAAUUGGAUCUAGCAGAUAGAGGAGCUUAUGAUAAAGGCAAAUAGGCUCACAAAAGGCAGAUGACAAUACCAAAGCUACUAGUGUUCCACAUCGACACAAAUAGUACUUAGAAUGGUUCAGACAUAGACGUUGAACAGAGACACAUCCUUCAUUGUUAAAAUGGAAAAUUUCUAUUAUGACACUGGUUUCAUUGCACAUUACGUUUAGGAGUACAAUAUCCUAAGUAUUCAGUUAAAAAAAAAUUGCGUGGAUCAGAGCAAGAGAAUUAGAAAAUUUGGGGUUUUAAAGUGCUCCUAAGAAUAAAUAUGUACUCCUGGAGUACCCAGCACUUUAAUAGAAAUAUUAAUUAUGACCACUAACUAAAGUGCCAUUUUGAAAAUUAAUCUUCUUGGAGCCCAAAUGCAAAUCACAGCUUCCUUUAAAUUUAAGGCGAUUCUUUUCACCUGUGAGAUCUGGCCCAUUUGUGUUCUAUUUUAAAUAACUAAAUUCUUUUAGAAAACUUUUUUUUAAUGAAUCUUCAGAGCAGUGACUGUUUUUCAAGUGUGCGGUGGUGGGUCGUAGUGAAAUUAUUUGUCAUAUUCCUAAUGAAUUCUAGUAUCUUGUAUAAUUUUUAUCUUUUAAACUAUUUUAUCUGAGUCUCUUUUCCAAAAUUUUAUGUAGGUAAUGAGAAAAUUUGCCUAGAAUGUACAUGUCAUACAUGGAUAACUUUAUGAUGUUUUGUAAUUAUCUGAAUGCUGUGUUUCAAUACUUUGUUACAUACAAGAGUAUUUCUCUUGUGAUCUUGACAGAAAGGAACAGAAGAAAGAACACUCUUCUGGAAAGCACUCUAGGAUGAGUCUCUGAGCUCUGUCUCGGAUUUUGAAUCUAGCUUUGCCACAAUUGCAGUGUAACUUCAGGCAAGUUAACUGUUGUUUGGUGUGUCCUGGGCUCCAAUUUCCCUACCCAUAAAUAAUAAAAUACAGAUAAGAGCUGCUCCCUUCUUACAUCUAGACGAUGUUAGGUCAGUGGAAAACCAUCCUUUCUCUCAGAUGAAAAUCACAUUAUAAGACAAAUUAUCAUGUUUUUCUUCCUUUCAUGGGAGAUCAGCUGAGAUGUGCUCUCUAAACAUUCUUCUACGUUUUAGAGGAGAUUUUUCUGGUCAGAGAUUGGUGGAGAAAGGCGUAAGUGGCUAAAUAAUUGUUAGUCAUGGCAUGUAAGCGUAAGACUUGAAAAUCAUCUAGAAAUUUGGAACUACUAAUCAAAUAAGCAUAGAAAGAAUGAAGGUCUUUUGGGGGGAGGAAGAGAGAAAGCAGAUAGAAAGACAUGAAUUUUAUGAUUGUUCUUAUUCCGUUUAAUCAUAAUGCUCAGCAGAAAUUCUCAGUUCUCAGUGAGAGAAAAUGAACAAAUUGGUGAGUAUUCUGGGUAGAGAGAAGUUCAUCUUUCAAGUUUUUAUAUAAAAAUAAUCAUGACACUCAAGACAUAUGGCUCCACAUGGGCAGAUGUUCUUGUAACAAAAUUCUUAAGUGUAAAAGAAUCCUUUCCAAUGACCAAUCGAUUUUUCAGUGUAUCUCUUGAACUGGAAAAAAAACAGGUUAGAAAAAGGAAAAUCCUUUGAAUGACAUUGAAAAAUCGCUCAUGUUAUUGUGUCCUAAGUGAGAGUAUUUUAAUUUAAGAAGUUGUAAUUAGUAAUAUUGAUAAUUCAAGGAAUUAGUAAUGUUAGAAUAUUGAUAAUGCAAGGAAGCCAUUUCUCUAGCAUGUAAACAUUUUAUUCUUGAAAAUGAGAUUCUUUUGCUAAUAUUUGUUCAUUCUGCAAAGAGAGCCUUGUAUCCUGAGGUGUAUACUUAAGCCUGCACUCGCUACAUUUGCUGUGACCCUUUGGGUAAAGAAAAUAACAAGACAUAGAAACAAAGGGGAACAUUUCAUGUGACAAGAGGUAUUUAGAUCUCUUACAGGGUUUUCUAAUCUUCCCUGAUUUUCUAAUGCCUGAUAUACUCGAGAAGAAGAAUUAAAGGGGGUUUAAGGGGAUCCAUCAUCAAUGAUCAUAGCUUUUUAGUGUCCAUUGUAAUCCUGUCUAUUUGCUAAAUGGUCAGUAACAUUCAUAUUUUCAUCCACUAUGAUAGGCUGGUGGCCUUCCAACUCACAGUUGCAUUACAUAUGCAUCUACACAUAUGUAAAUAAAUAUUUUCAAUCAGUUCACUCUCACUGUAAGCUUUGUACUUAUGGCCUAAAUGUUGUUAGCAGCUUAGGUAAUAAAAACUGUUACAACUAUGGCAUGAAAUUUAUUAUAUUUUUAGAGGAUUGAUAGAGAUCCACUUGGCAUUAUAGGAAAUAUUCAUCUUAUCUUAGUCCAGGAAAGCACAUCAAGACAUCAUGUACGUGGGGCUAUGCAAUCAGAGCAAAAACAGAGUCAGGUUUUAAAUAAAACCACUGAAAAUUCAGAGUAAGUCAGGUUAGUGGUGCCAGGCUACAGAGAGACCAAAUCAGAAUUUGCAUUUCCAUGUGUGGAACAAAUCUAUAUAGCGGAGCAUAAUGGAGGUUGCAAUUUAGACACCUGGACAUCUAAGCAUGGUCAUUGGCAAUUCUUAUGGGUGCAAUCAGAUCAGAGUUUAUAUAAAAUAUUUUUUUUAUUGCCUUCUCUUAUCUUUACUGGUGUACAUUGCUUUAUACUACUUUUAUUGACUGCUCUGUAUAACUCAAUAUGUGCAGCCGUCCCAUUGAGAAGAUUUGUCUAAGUCAUCAAAAAAAAGAAAAUGUGGCUGUGGCAAUGACAAGCAUUUGAACAGAAACAGAAUCAUAACAUCCACGUUUCUGCAGUUAUAGCCUCUUUUUCUCACUGGCACAUCACGAGGCCAAACAAAAGGACACAUUCAGAUGCGUUUCCAAGUGUCAAUCUUUAAAUAACGUGAAUUACUAAACUUAAUGCAGUCCUAGGACCUGAGCAAGCAAUAAAUUCAAUCACAUCAACGUUGCACGCAUUCUUCUUUAGUAUCAGCUUAUCUCAUCCUUAAGUAAGAGAGCGCUUAUGUGAGAUGUUUAUAUACCCACAUGAAUUGUGAAAACUGCAGUUUUAAAAUGAAGCCUCAGAACCACUCUCAUUAAAAGAGAUAGAUGUUCAGGUUUUUCACACUGCUUUCCUGUGAAAUUCAGAUCUUCUAUAAAAUAUUUUUCUCAAACUUUAUUUUCACAGACUCCUCUCCCACAAGCUUAAUAUUAAUCAAUACUUGGAUUCUUUCUUUUUGGCAUUUGCCAUUCACCGUUUCUUUCUGCAAAGGUAUCUGUUAAUUUUUCACAAAUUUACAGGUCUUUUAUCUCCCAGAUUUGACCCAACUUUUCUCAUUUAGAGUAUUUCUAGAACUACAGAUUUAGAUGCUAAAAAUAGUGACUUUGCUAGUAUUUCUCACACUGGCAAUGUGAGUUAUUCAGUAUGUUGAACAUUUAAAAAUCAACAGACUUUUCUUAUAUUAGGAUCAAACGCUUACUCUGAAUUUCAGUGGUUUUGUUUUCUAUUCUUGAUUCCUUUUUCCCCAAACUCCAAAACAUAAAAAGAAAAAACUUAAAAAUGAAAAUUAUUUUUGACCUCAGGUCCUUUUCUACCUUGGAAAUAGUGAAGAUAAACAUUUAUGAAAUUAUAAAUUUGGUCUUCACUUUGUUUUCCUGUUAGAAAAUUUAAUUCAUAAUUCCCAUAAUUUAAAAAAUAUCUGGUAAUAUUUCCAAAUGUUAUUAUAGUGAAAAUCGGUUCAGGGCCAUAAAGUAUGGGAAGAUAAGAAGUUCUAAAAAAAGAACAUUCUUUGUUAACAAAGUAAUUAAUAGAAUUACAAUGCCUAAUUGUAUCCAGUAAAUCAAUUUGUUAAAAAAUGCCAGUGUUAAUUGUUGGCAAUAAGUUAAAUCGUCAAAGCAUUUCAUAUAAAAUAAUUAGUUCUCAGCCAUCCAGUGAGGCAGAAAAUCUCCUCCCCAAGUCCCAAAGCCACUGAAGCACUAUGGAGUUCCACUACCACAUCUUCCUUGUCCUUCUCCACCUCUCAAAACCCUGGGGGUGUACACACACACACACACACCCCAAACAAAUUAUCUUCUGUGUAGAGGGAGACAGCUAAUUUUUCAUCUUUUGUAGCGUAUUUAAAUUUAUGAAACUGCAUGAUGGAGUUUGGGUGUGUUUAAUUGAGAAAUUAUUUAAGUAAAGAGGAAAUAGGGCAACAUCUAUGUUGACAUACUUUCAAAAUGGUACUAGAAUUUGUAGUUGGUCCUAGAUUCUAAUUAAAAUUCUGAGUCGUGUUAUGUAGGGAAGGGGGACAUGAGCUAGAAUUUUUUUAAUGUCUACUAUGUGCCACGUGUUCUAAGAGCAUUGCUCUGUAUUUGAACUUUAGAUUUUCUAUCCUUUAAUUUUUAUGAUACCAGUGUGUUUGGACACUUCUGGGAGUCAGGACCAUUGAGGAUUUGGACUGGGAAUCAGGAAGAUGAUGAAGGCAAAGGUUGAGAGAAGCCUGAGUGGAAGUCUUCUUUACCUUCAGGCUUAGAAGUUAUAUAAAUUAACUAAGUUUAUUUUUAUUGAGCGCUCACUCCCUAUUUAUACUAUACUAAGCACUUUAUUUAGAUUAUCAUACUUAAUUUUUGCAACAGCUCUAUGAAGGAAUAGAUUAGGAACUUGUCAGGAUAGCAUAGCUACUGAGUGGUACAGUUGAGAUUCUAACACAGGAGUCAGACCCUAAAGAGAAAACUUCAUCUUAUAGAAUUACCGACAUUGCAAGGGCUAUCUACGCCAACCCCAAAUUCCAAGUCUUUCAAGAUAAGUACUUUUAAAGAUUCCUGAAAUUAAAAUAAUUUUUUAUAAUUUCACUUUAUUAUAUAAAUGUAAAUGUUUGAUUUUUCAUGGUAGGUUAGAGCAAAUGACAGGAGUUGGUCAUAACUGUUCAGCACAAGGUGCCCUAUCCCAAUAAUGGAAUUUUCCUUCUCUUCUCCCAAAAGAGAGGCAUCAGUGGGGGUAAAUUGCAAAAUGUGUUUGUAAGUAAGAGGCAAGUUAUAGUCACUGGUAUCAACAUAUCCUUUUCCAAUUGAAUUUUAACCUCAAGAGGUAAUGCAAGAUAGUCAAAGAAAGCGAGAGACAUACAGGAGUUUUUCUAUAAUUUCUCUUCAUUUUUAAUAUUAGGAUUUGGGUGAGACUCCAGAAAGAUUUUAUCUUUAAAAUUUACUUUUUGAUCCACUAAGUUUUAAGUAGAUUAUGCAGAUCUUUUUAUUGAUUACAGUGACAUUGGCUUCUUGGCCAAAUCACUGUUAAAUGCAUUAUCCAAAUGAACUAUUUUGGUUUAGAAUGGCAAUUUGUGUUAUUUCCAAAUUUAGUAAGCCCAUUGUAUGUAUAUUUACUUCAGAGAGUUCAAAUAAUUUUCUCUAAUGAAAAAAUGUUAAUUUUCUGAAUGUGAUAUAUUUGUUCUACUGUGAGGUCUUUUUAAGCUAAUGUCUUAUAAGGUAAGGAAUAAAGACAAGGUGUUGCAACAUUACAUUCUGGGAUCCUCACCCCAAACCAUCUUUUUUUCACUUUGAUAAUAACGUAGACAGAGAUAACCAUGGGAAAGACCACUCUACUUUUUGCAUGACUGUGAAGGACCCCACUGACACUAUACAAAGUUUUUUAUAGUUAGCUCACUUUUGUCCCUGGCUUUUAUGUUAUUACUACAUUAUUAUUUAAAUGAGGUCAUGACUUGUACUACUUCUAAAGUGACUUGGUCAAACAACAAUCGACCAAAAAAUGCAGCUUUUGGCCAGAGUUAUGACUGACAGAAAGGGAAGAGAGGACAGGGAUAGUGGUACUUCCUCUUAAUGUGUUUUCUGUAUGUGAUGCUUUUUAAUAGCUUUUACUUAUUUGCUUAUUUUUGAGAUAACACGUUGCCAUAACCACUGUUAAGAUUUUAAUGAAACCUUAGGAAGCAGUUUGAAAGCUUGUUAAGUUUGGGGGCUUUAAAGAAAACUAUGUAUAUAUAAAUGAGUGCUCCCCCACCAAAUGAGUUUAGAACCUCUAGUUCUGACCUGGAAGCCCAGGCCUGUAAGCACUUGGCUGGUUGGGCUAUAUCUUCAUGGGAUAAAGCCAAGAAGAUCUGACCACUCUCUCACUCACUGCAGAAUCACUGACGGUUGAAUGACCAGACCAGUCAAGGCCAAAAUAUCCACACAAAUGCUGAAUAAACCAGAUUGAGUAUUCACAGUAACUAUUUAAGUAAUUCAUUGUCAAAUAUUUUAUCCUCCUGCUCUGCUAAAUCACCUUUGAUAACAUAAAGUUUAACUUCUUCCUUCCAUGGGCAGACUCUCUAUUGAGUAAGGGAGACUGGACUUUGUCACUAAAGCAGCAUCAGGAUUGUUGUUGAUCACAGCGCUAUUGGUAUCAUCGAUCCCUCCUUUGCUCCUCAACUUUCUCCAACCAAAGUAUGGUGGGAAAGAAUCCUGAUGAGGCCAAGAUUGAGUAAAUAGGAAGAACAGCUAGCAAACUAUGCAAAACCACAACAAAGAGUCAUUAUGAAUUUCAUAUCAAAGAAAGUUUCAUAGACCUAAGUCUUUAAUAUUGGCAUACUUUGUCACAGCUAUGCAUUGUCAGUUUAUACAAAAGCGGAAUGUACUUUCAUUAAAAUAAAGACUAUUUAACACAUACCGUAUCUAGAAAAAUAGUGGCUAGGAUUGUUUUAUGAUCUCUGCGGGAAUGUUUCAUGUUGUGAUUUUUGAGAUUCUUUUUCAGAGAAGGUAUAAAUGUAGUGUUUGUUUACAUUUCAUUUUGGUUGACGGCACUGGCAUCUUCCACUGAGCAGUCAUUUUCCACCCUGGAACCUAUUUACAGUUAAAGCAAGACAGAACAUGCGUUUCAUAUCAGGAACUAACUGAUUGUUACCAUAUUGAAAUUGGAAAUAAGUUUAGAACCAUUUCUACCCUGAAACAUCCAUUAUAGUUUAUUGAAAAAGCAAUGACUCUUAGAAGUGCUUGAUACUCAGACAACACAAAUUAAAAUGUGCAUAUUUAUGGUAUAUUGAAAACUGUAGAUUUCUUUGUACUCAAUGUUCUAGUGACUUUGUUUACACUAGUUGCAGCAUUUUGUAUACUAUAACGCAAAUUCUUGACAAUAACACUGUUACCAUGGGAAUUUACUUUUGCAAAUUCGUAAAUGUUUUUGCCACUGCAACCAUAUUUGUGAGAAUGUGGGGUAUUAAAAAUGCCUCUGUCUAUAAGGGUUAAUUCACUGGAAACAAUUGAUUCAUAUAUUGGCCAAGGAAACAAUGUGAAAAUUUUAUGUGAUGUUUUUAAUAGCAUUGUGCUAAGCAGUAGUUGUUUGCUCUUUUCAAAAUCUAAUUCAUGCUUAGCAGAUCAUUUUUUCUACUUAAACACAGGUAUUGUGACGUGUAAUAUAGAAAUUUUGUAUGUACUGUCGACCUAUCACCUGAUUGCCGGGAGGAUGUGUGCAAGUAUUUAAACUCUGUGACUUUAGGAUCAAUUCUGGAAUACUUGUGAUCGAAGUCUGAUUGCUUCUGGGAAGUUUGUGGUGAUUAUCACUUUAUUUAAAAUUGGUUCUCAAGAAAUAGUCAUUUUAAAAAGUGAAUUGGCAGGUGGAAGUUUCUAACCCAAAAGAAUUCUGGGUUUCAGCACAAUAAACUGUUAUUUCAUCAGGGAGGAUUAACUUUGAUUUUUUUCACACUUUAUUUAAAUGUGAAUAUUUUUUCAUGAUACAGAAUAAAAUGUGCAUUUUAUGGA